UCAUUUACACCGCCUUUUCUUCCUUCUUAUUCUUCUCGUCUUCCCAAACACACUUGAUCGCGGGAGAGAGAAAUUGACAUACAUUCGCCGGAGAAUCGUCCGAAAUGGCGGCGACGACGACGUAUGGGACGAUACCGACGUCAUCUCCGGGAGGUUCAAACCUGGAGUACCUUUCCCGCGUGAAGGAGCGGCUGGCAUCGGGCCUUGGAGAUCGACGGCCGUGGAAAGAGAUGUUCAACUUCCGGUCAAUCAACCUCCCGGCGACCUUCAACGACGCACUCGGACGGAUCAGAACGAACGUCGCCUACUUCCGGAUGAACUACGCCAUCGUCGUCCUCUUGAUCAUCUUCCUCAGCCUCCUCUGGCACCCGAUCUCGAUGAUCGUGUUCGUCGUCAUGAUGGCCGCCUGGGUGUUCCUCUACUUCCUCCGGGACGAGCCUCUGGUGGUUUUCCACCGCACGAUCAACGAUCGUGUGGUGCUGAUCGUGCUCUCGGUUCUCACGCUCGUUUUCCUCUUCUUGACUAACGCGACGGUCAACUUACUGGUGUCACUGUUGAUCGCAGCGGUGGUUGUGCUGGUUCACGCCGCUCUGAGGAAGACUGACGACUUGUUCUUGGACGAAGAAGCCGCCGAAGCCGGUGGCUUGUUGGCCGGAGGCGGUGGCGUCGCCUCUUCUUCUUCUUCGACUUAGUAGUAGUAGUGUUCUGUUUUCAGUUGCAACUUGCAACACUUUCAAUUUGUUUGUGUUCCACUAAAAUUAGGGCUUUUUUUUUUUUUUUUUUAACAUCUCUUUUAUUGUUUUGUUGCUUGUUUUUCAUCUUAAUAUUCCGUAACUCGUCCUAUGUAUGCGAGACUUGUGACUUUUGAGAAGUUAGAAGAGACAGUAUUACCAGAGAAAAUACUUUGUAUUUUUUAAAAUGAAAAAAAAAAAAAAAAAAUCUAACAACCAACAGGUAGCUCUGGAAUUUUGAAAAACAAUAAUGCAAUCAAUGUAUCUCUAUUUGGAGGACAAAAGUUUCGGCAAUCAUGCAUUUGAAAACUUAAUUUUUGAUUUUUUAGAAGGAGAACGGAUCUUGUCAAAA